CGCUUGUCUUCUCGUGUGGAUCGCUCUCUCGCUUCUUCUCGCUUCCUCUCGCUUCCUCUCGCUUUUUGAUAAGUUCUCCGUUCUUCGCUUCGUUUCCGUUGCAGACUUCACCCGGGUGUUUUUUUUUUGUAGCCUUCUUUUUUUUGUUUUCACAGAUAUGAACAACAUGAACAACAACAACAACAACAACGCUGGGUCCUCUAGCUCCUCCGACGCCAACAACAAGAGGUAAGCUUGAGGGUUAAGCUUACUUUGGGGAGGGGUUCAAGUGGACGUUUAUCGACCCCUCCGUGUGUGUUGGGACUGACGGCUAUUCAAGAGAGCGGCGUUCAUGUUGGUGCACAUGUUCGUAAAAUCUGGUCAGUGUGACGUUGUGCCUGGUCCGCACAUCCUCUCGCACUGGACAGCCGUGACCUCGACACGGAGGGACUGCGUACCAGACCUGAGUAGGGAUUGGCGUGUUCACUCACCUGUUGUAACACCCGCGCGGGUUAAUCUGUAUCACUAGGUCGUCUGGUCUCUGCGGUUUUGACCAAGCGGCAGGGUACAUAGCGGCAGGCGGUCUUUUGAUGCAUCGAUCCCAAAAUGCAUGGCGAUGCUAGAGCUUGAUUUUGGCCUUUCGGCUGCGUCUUGCUGACAAGGGCCUCAGGUGCCUGCGCGGAUAUUGGGCGUUCAAGUUGGGAUGCGGGCGUUUAUUGGCCAUAUUCGUAAAGCUCGGCACUUCGUGUCGACCCGUAUCUGUGAAUGAAAAAACUGUGAGAAUGUAUCUACGCCAGUCCAUGGGGACGUUUCCCGCUGAGGCGUCUUCGUGCGGCGGGGUAGCCAGCACCUCACGGCCCAUAUAUCGACGCAGUGUCCAUUAGAACUAUGUAUAAGGGGACGUGAGAUUGAAUCAAUGCUAACUUCCUCCCCUUAUCUAGGAACAAGACCGCCCACCAAUAUGUGCGGGAAAGGCUGCUCAAGAGCUAUCUCGGUAACGAGGAAGGGGUUCUGUUUGCGCGGUACUUCCGUCUGCAAUCAAUUGCGGAUAUGGAGAGCAAGCUACAGGACGCCCUUACUGUGUGCAGCCAGGACAAGAGCCUCGUGGUGAGGCAGAACGCGAAGAGCACACUUGGUCGGGUGGGGAAUAUUCUGGCUUCAAGGCCUGUUGCGGAAGCGCUGGCAAAAAUUGCCAGAGCUCAUGCUAAGCAGCAGACAACAAACGUCCCUCUUAGCAAUAAGAGGGCCCAUCCGGAGGAGGACGCUGCUGAGAUGGGCAGCGCGUCCAACUCUAUGUCUGCUGCGCAGGGCGGCGAUCACGUGGGGGCAAUGGAAGCCAUUGUUAAUGUCUUCCCUGCCCUUUAUCGUGAUCGCAUUAGGGCACACAUGAGCAACGGGGCUGCCCUAGGGCUUCUUUUGGCCAGCGGUAUCAUGGAUUGUGCUUUCCGCAGUCUUUUGGUGCCAACGGUGCUCUCUAAAGAGCAGGUGCGCGAGUUCGUUAGUGACAGGAAAACUAGCAGCCCGCGUACCUCAGAAGAAGUCCUAGCAUAUGUUGAGAGCGUGCUCAACAAAGAGACGCCAGCGGAAGCUGAGAGAGUUGCCCAAGAGCCGGCAUCCGAAGCUGUUCCUGUUCCAGGGACCCUUCUCAAGAAACAGCACGCCGGGUCUUCCAAGGCAAGAGAUGCUCUUUAUGAUCUCUAUCGCGCAAGAAGACCCUUGGUAAAAUCUAUCAAGGAGGCAAUUAAGCAGGGACAUGCAUCUGAGCUGCGGUAUGCUCAGAACUUGCUGCGUGAAUUCCUCUUCUUUAUCAACAGCGAGGUCAAUCCUUUGCUUGAGAUAAGGUCGGAAGGGUGGAUUUCCAGCAAUGUCCUUGUGCCGCUGAUAGAUAAGCUGUUUGCAAGGGAGGGCCGCUGGGAAGUGGUGAGAGGUGAAACCUGUUCAUCCAGUAGCAGUGAGCGGAUGCAGCGCGAGGGCAACCCUCUCGACGCCAAACCGUCUGGCCACAAACUGGACGGGGCGGUGCAUGUGAGGAAUUCCAUGGAUUUGGAAAUCCUCAUUUGGGAGACAAAACCUGUAACAGUUUGGCAGGACCGUAAAGCUGUUACAGGUGAUAGGGUGAAGCUUAUUCGGGGCAUGAAAGAUGCCUUGGAUAAGGUCAUUCGGCAUCAUGACUUUCAUCUGCUCAAACUGGAAAAGAUUGCCAAGGUAGAGGUGUAUGGUAUACAGACGUCCGCCUUUGAAGUUGUUGGUUUCGUUGCAAACCGCAGCCCAGAAGGCGCGACGAUCAUACUUCCUCUGCUGAAGUUUGAUUUUCCGACGAUCUGGGAUGAAAGAUGUCGUUUGUUGAAUGCGGUUGAGGAGAUGUUGAGAUUGAAAGCACGAAUGGUUGAGCAGGUGAACUACUGGGCAUCUCUUCAACAGAGUGUGUCUCGUGCUCGCCGGCAAUCCGAUCGUGUCUUGGAGCCGUUACCGGCUUCAAUUACUCAACAUACUCCUGGCAAGCGGCAGCGCACCGCUUGAAGGGGUGAAUGACGCGGGAUCUUCCAGAAUGAUCGUACGGUUGGGAUUGGCAUUGCGCAAUCUGGAAGUCCCGCGGAACCGCUCAUUCACCCUGCACCGCAAACAACAAACCAAGUCAGAGCGCAUAGCUUGGGGUGACUAGAUGUUGGUUCUUCCAGAUAAGAUCGUACUGUUGGGGUUGGUAAUGCGCCAUCUGGUAGUCCGCCAUCUACUUCGCUUCCAGAUAAUGAUCGUACGGUUGGGUUGGGAGUGCGCCAUCUGGAAGUAGGGUCGAGAGCUGAGCGAAAGCGCACAUCGCUUGAUAGAGGCAGCGGGGUGCUUCUCUGAUUCCUUGAUGGGUUUAUUCUCUUUGUUGUGCACAAUACGCAGCAGGCCUUGAAGGA